UAUUGGCGGUGAAGCUGCAGCUCAACAAUCUUGGUCAUGGGCUGUUUCUAUUCGUUCUAAUGGAGAUCACUUUUGUGGAAGAUCAAUUCUUUCACCAUCAUUCAUUAUUACUGCUGCUCAUUGUUUUAAUGAUGAAACUGACUUUAAAAAAAUAUCCCUAUUCUUAUUGGAUCUCUAA